GAGAGAGAGAGAGAGAGAGAGAGAGAGAUGUAGUUGGUGCUGUGGGGAGGGUCUUUGGCAGACAGGAUAAGUACCGCUGAGCUGCACUGUUUCUCCAGUCUCUUGCCUUAUCUCCAGUCCAGAGGACAUACCACUACAUCAAACAGAUCAUCUGAUGAUGGAUUUUAUUCCAGUUUCAGGAAACCUGUGAAUGCUCUUGGCCUCCCACAGUUAAUGUGACAACCCACCAAGAAAGUCACAGUAUUUUUUCAAAAGCCAUUGAAACACAAAUAGAGAAGAAAAGACACGAAAUCAAUUAGUCGUGACUUUCAUCUUUAUUCCUAAUCCAUCCCACUUCAUUUUUAACAUCUGUAAUAAACUUAUAAGAAAUAAUUUGACAUAGUCACCUCGAAGCAAGAUAUCUUUACCUAUUAAGAGCAUGCCGCCAGAAUUACCGAUUGGAGUGCCCACUCUGCUCCUUGGCUUGAUGCUGCUGUGGGACCCCCUGGUGGCCAGGGGUCAGAAUGACACUGAGCCCAUUGUACUGGAGGGUAAAUGUCUAGUGGUCUGUGAUUCCACACCAUCUUCAGAACCAGCAAAUAAUGCACUGGGCAUGUCGGUGCGCUCAGGAACCGGCCGGGUGGCCUUCUCUGCAACACGCCAAACCAACCACGAACCCACAGACAUGAGCAAUCGCACCAUGAUCAUCUACUUUGACCAGAUUUUGGUGAAUGUUGGUGGUCAUUUUGACCAGGAGAGCAGCAUCUUCUUAGCUCCGAGAAGAGGGGUGUACAGUUUCAACUUCCACGUAGUAAAAGCUUACAACAGACAAACCAUACAGGUGAGCUUGAUGCUCAAUGGAUGGCCAAUGAUUUCUGCCUUCGCUGGGGACCAGGAUGUAACCCGAGAGGCGGCCACCAAUGCUGGUUUAGUGAUCAUGGAGAGGGGCGACAAGGCCUACCUGAAACUGGAGCGGGGCAACCUGAUGGGGGGCUGGAAGUACUCCACUUUCUCUGGCUUCCUGGUCUUCCCCUUGUAAAUACAAAAGGGCUGGGCAGAGAAACUGAGUUGAGGGAAGGUGGAAGCAGUGGCUGGUUUUCCAGGCCCAGAGUUUUAGGCCUGGACCAACAGUAUUUUCAAUGCGACGUGCCUACUGACGUCAUUUUUUCAAGCUUAAUCAAAACAUUCGUCUGGAAAACCAGCCCAGUGGAUACACUCACAGGCCACUUUAUUAAAUACAUCAGCUUUGUAUCUACUACACUUUUAGUUCACUUCCCAUACUGAUACACUGUGUAGUUCUAUGGUUACUUAUAAUCCAUCUGUUUCUCUAGUUUCUUACCCUUAACCUGCUUAUCAAUUGGCUGGACCACCACCGAGCAGGUAUUUUUUGGGUGGUGGAUCAUUCUCAGCACUGUUUCUAGGCAUUCUUGGCAUAUGCCUGAUUAAACAAAUUUCUUUUUAAUCUAUCUUUGAAGCAGCUAUCACAUUAACAUUCCUAAAAUCCUUUGGAAUGCUAUUCCAGAGUUUUGGAGCUAUGGUAUAUUUGAGAGUGAUCUUCCACCAACUGAGCUGUAAGUGAUCUGAGUUUGGCUCAGCCAAGUGAAGUGGGUUUGGCUUGGCCGAGUGAAGUGGUUUGGCCGAGUGGUCUGGCUACAAUGCUUCAACAGAGCAAGGCCUAUAUAUGGUGCAUGAACCCGAACUGGACCAUGAGUGUAGAUACAAAGUAGGUGUUCCUAAUAAAGUGGCCAGUGCGUUUAUAUCAGAGGAGAAAACAUUUGUGAUGCAAAAUAGAUUUUGUCCCAAUUCUAAUUAUAGUUUUUAUUUGAAUUUUGUUGUUGAGAGAUUAAUGAAAACUACUGAAUUUUUUACAGUUGAAUAAACAAAUUGGCUAAAACUACAGAUAAAACAUUUGAGUGGGAUUUCUGAUAGCACUGUUCUAAAACAUUUAUAAUGCAUAUUCUUUUCCCUUUCACAGUUACCUAUAAAACCUGGUAUUCGGUUGAACCUUUCUUUCCACUUACAGGGUUGCAUUCCUCUUGUUCUUAUUUCAUUCUACCAUCACCUGUUUUUGAGACAAAUAUAUAUAUAAAGUUUGUAAAACAAAAUCAUAAAUUAAACUGCUUAUUUAAACAUUA